ACCAAUUUUAUCGGUUUUGCUAUCAGAAAUAAAACAAGAAGAUAAUCGCCAACAGAUUUGAAUAUUCAGUUUAUAUUUCUGUGUGUUGUUAGACGGUUGACAAAAUGUAAGUUAAGAAAUUUAUUUAUUUUAUUGUUACGAAGUAAUUAACUUUAUUUUUUUAGGGGAAAACAUAAGAACAGAACGCAAAAUACGUUUAUAAUUGAAUUUAUGGAAAAAAAUCCUGAUAUCUUAACAGGAUUUACGAAACGUAAUAAGCCGACGAUAGAUUCGUUAUGGCAGGCAUUAACUGAAUCCCUUAAUGCUGCAGGUCCUCCACACAAAGACGUAAACGGGUGGAAAAAGGUUAUAACUGAGUGGAAAAGCGAAAUCAAAAGAAAAUUAGCUCACAACAAAAUUGAGAGUCGAGCAACAGGAGGUGGCCCAUUUUCAAAAUAUCAGCUCACUCCAAACGAAGAAACCAUUGUGCGUCUUUGUGGCAUUUCGCAAACUAUAGAAGGCAUAUUAGGCGUUUCUCUUGGUACCCAACCCGUUAAUGAGAAUUUAAAUAUACCAAUUGCAGGGGUGAAUGUAGAUUUGUCUUCCUCAUCGCCAGAGGAACAAAAUAUAAACUUGAGUUAUAAUGCAUCCAAUAGACAAAAAGAUACCGACGAUAUACCCUCCACGUCACAAAGGCAACACGAAAUAAAUGCUAGUGUACCUAGAAGGCAAAAAUUAGAAAGUACAGCAGAUCGCUUAAAAAGAUUUUUGGAUGAGGAAGAUAACAAAAAUGGAGAUAUAUUGAAAAAAUUUGAUCAAAUAAUAGAACUGCAAUCUAAAAAUGCUAGCAGCUUGAGACGUAUAUACCAAGCAAUAGGGAGUAAUAAUAAAACUGUUGGAAGAGCUAUUACUGAAUUGAAAGAUGAGUUUGUAAGUAUAAGUACUCAAUUACUUAAAGCUAUUGUGAAAAAAAAUGAGAGUAAAAAAGAACAACUAAAUCUCGAAGUUCUCAAGUUUGAACACAAAAGACAAUAUAACGAAAAAAAAGAUUAAUUAUUAAGUAUAUUAUUUAAUUAAAGAUCCUGAUUGUGAAAUAUAC